AUGUUGAGUGUCGCCAAAAGCGUUUCAAGGACUCGCCCGACAAGGAACUGUACAAUAAAUAUGUCCUCUUUGAUUAAGAAGGCAUGCAGGAGUGGCGGCUUCCAACCAGAUGCUCUCAGAGCUCUGUCCAGAAGAGACUAUGCGUCAGAGGCCAUCAAGGGCGUAGUCAUUGGCAUUGACUUGGGAACCACUAACUCAUGUGUUGCAGUCAUGGAUGGGAAACAAGCAAAGGUGUUGGAGAAUGCAGAGGGCGCCAGGACGACUCCUUCUGUCAUCGCAUUCACAGCAGAUGGGGAGCGUCUGGUGGGCAUGCCCGCUAAACGCCAGUCUGUCACUAAUCCUCAGAACACACUGUACGCCACCAAGAGACUGAUUGGACGCCGCUUUGAUGAUGCCGAGGUGCAGAAAGACCUGAAGAACGUCCCCUUCAAGAUUGUGCGUGCAUCCAACGGUGAUGCUUGGUUAGAGGCUCAUGGGAAACUAUACUCCCCCAGCCAGGCUGGAGCCUUUGUCCUGAUGAAGAUGAAAGAGACUGCAGAGAACUUUCUUGGAACCAAAGUGAAGAACGCUGUGGUCACUGUACCAGCCUACUUCAAUGACUCUCAGAGACAGGCUACCAAAGAUGCUGGUCAGAUUGCUGGUCUGAACGUCCUGCGUGUGAUCAACGAGCCAACUGCAGCUGCUCUGGCCUACGGCCUGGAGAAAACCCAGGACAAAAUUAUUGCUGUGUAUGAUCUGGGUGGAGGUACGUUUGAUAUUUCAGUCCUGGAGAUCCAGAAGGGAGUUUUUGAGGUGAAGUCCACCAACGGCGACACCUUCCUUGGGGGAGAGGACUUCGACCAGCACCUCCUCCAACACAUUGUCAAAGAGUUCAAGAGGGAGUCUGGUGUGGAUCUGAUGAAAGACAACAUGGGUCUUCAGAGAGUCCGAGAGGCUGCUGAGAAGGCCAAGUGUGAGCUUUCAUCUUCACUGCAGACUGACAUCAACCUUCCCUACCUCACCAUGGAUGCCUCUGGUCCAAAACAUCUCAACAUGAAGCUGACCCGCACUCAGUUUGAAGGCAUCGUGGCUGACCUUAUCCGACGCACCGUUGCUCCCUGUCAGAAGGCCAUGCAGGACGCAGAGGUGUCCAAGGGAGACAUAGGAGAGGUGCUACUUGUGGGAGGCAUGAGCCGUAUGCCCAAGGUUCAACAAAUGGUUAAGGACCUGUUCGGACGCGCGCCCAGCAAGUCCGUCAACCCUGAUGAGGCCGUUGCCGUAGGAGCAGCCAUCCAGGGUGGUGUUUUGGCCGGCGAUGUCACUGAUGUGCUGCUGUUGGACGUGACACCACUGUCUCUUGGUAUUGAGACCCUGGGCGGAGUCUUCACCAAACUCAUCAACAGGAACACUACAAUUCCCACCAAGAAGAGUCAGGUGUUCUCCACAGCAGCUGAUGGACAGACUCAGGUAGAGAUCAAGGUGUGUCAGGGAGAGAGAGAGAUGGCUGCAGACAACAAGGUACUAGGUCAGUUCACUCUGGUGGGAAUCCCCCCCGCCCCUCGCGGUGUUCCUCAGGUUGAGGUCACCUUCGACAUUGACGCCAAUGGCAUCGUCCACGUCUCUGCCAAGGACAAGGGAACAGGCCGAGAACAGCAGAUUGUGAUCCAGUCAUCAGGAGGUCUCAGUAAAGACGACAUCGAGAACAUGGUCAAGAAUGCUGAGAAGUACGCAGAGGAGGACAGGAGGAGAAAGGACCGUGUGGAGGCCGUCAACAUGGCUGAGGGUAUCGUCCAUGACACAGAAUCCAAGAUGGAGGAGUUCAAGGACCAGCUUCCUGCUGAUGAGUGCACCAAGCUGAAGGAGGAGAUCUCAAAGGUUAGGGAUCUUCUGGCCAACAAGGACUCGGAGACGGGAGAGAACAUCAAACAGGCGGCCACCAACCUGCAGCAGGCCUCACUUAAACUCUUUGAAAUGGCCUACAAAAAGAUGGCAGCAGAGCGGGACAGUGGCAGUAGUAGCAGCAGCGGCAGUAGCAGUAGCAGCAGCGGCAGUAGCAGCAGCGGUGGCAGCAGCGGCAGCAGCAGCGGCUCAAGCUCAUCAGAAGGAGAGAAGAAAGAAGGCCAGCAGUAGAUCUUUUCACUUGUGUCAGCGUGUUUCCAUGACAACGGUGGACCGGGUGGGGAGGGUAUCAAUCUUGAGUAACGAGCUGUAUCUUAGUCAUUCUCACGAUAAUAUAUUAUUCUACUGUGUUUUGGCAGUAAAAUUCUCUUGUGAAAAGAUAAAUGUCAGUGUAGGCUCCUCCAUGUCUGUUUGUAAUUUACUUGUCUCAAAAACAAUGUCAUGUAUGUUUAUUUUUACAAAGCUGUUAAUUUACAUUCUGAGGCAAAUUCUCUUUGUGUUCAAGACGUCAUAUAGGUUUCAUGUUCUUUGGCUCCAUCAUCUGAAGCACUUCAGCUUGUUAAUGGCUCUAAAAACUUUUUGUUCUUGUACCAGUUGAGCAGAGUUCAAAAGCUUGUACACUGUUUGAGUUUUGGUACAGAGGACAGCCCUACUCCGUCUACAUCAUGUAGAUGCUCAUAGCAAUGUGGAAGUGGAAAGAUAUUGUAUAAAAAUCUUUAAAUGUAUUGGCCUUCUUAUGUCAGAAACUUGUCACUUCUCCGUUGUCCUGGGUUCACUCGUAAAAGUUCUAAACCAAUGCAGAACUUUGGAAAUAAGAUUUGGUUUAAUUAAUUAAACUUGAUUCUUAAUCUGUAAAAUUGAAUCUGCAGUACUCUGAGAAUUAUGAUAUAUGAUUUUUCAUUUAACACAAGGCCUAAAGAGACUUGUUAGACCCUUGUGUUAAGUCCUCUGACAUUUUUUUAAACGGGCUUGUUUAGGCCAGUGGAUAUCAUUCUAAGGUAGCAGUGACUAUUGGGGUUGAAGGACAGAAAAUGGUGUGUGUGUGUGUGUGUGUGUGUAGAUUAGAUUAACCUUUAGUUUAUUCGUCUCUUAUUUGAUGUAACUGAAUGUAAAUACAUUCUUUUACAAGUUAAACUAGAAACAAGUGGAUAUGGAUUUUGAAAUUGCACAAUAGAGGAUAAGGCCUUAGUUUACUUCUCAUUUCAGACAACGGAGGAAGAGUGAGGUGAUUUAUGAGCCUAGCAGAGGCAUUCCCCUCCAGAAGGAAGUUUUGUUUCUGCCGUGAACUGCUCUAUGUAAUGUGGUAGUUGCUACAUGCUUGCCUGAUAGUGAUCCAUUGUGCUCUACAUAUGAAGGGGGCAAUGAGGUAGCUUGUCGAAUAGAGUUUGGGGGAAGGAUUUGUUUUCCUUUUUUGGGGGGGAGGAGAUCAUAUUACUGGAGUGAAAAUUAUGGGCCAAGAUAACUUGCUGUCUUUUCUAAUAAAAGUCUGAAAUGACAUUGGUUUGAUAAUGGUUGGUAGAAUUAGUGCAUGCAUUUGUUUUUCUGUCUGAUCAUGUUAAAAUUAAACUAAAAGGGCA